AUGGUUGUGAUAUAUGACGAUCGUGUCGUAUGUGAUGCUGUUUGUGUUCGAGGACUUUCCGGGAUCGAUGGUCGCGGCCGGAUUCGCGGCCCAAGUGUGUCACUUGCUCAUCAUGCGAACGUUCCCGCUCUGUUGUUGGCGUGGAACCAUUAUGUAGCGUUUAGCUACUUUUCAAGCAAAUAUUUCGCAUUGUCUGAGAUUUUGACGUAUUUUACGUUGUUCAUGUGGCUGGUGCCAUUUGCGCUGCUGGUGUCGUUGUCCGCUAACGACAACGUAUUACCGUCGUAUGCUGACGCGGGCGAAGCUCAUCCUCUCCUAUCAAACCACGACGUUGUGAGCCAUUAUUUCUCGAAGCGAUCGAGCAAGAAAUAUGGCCUUCUCCAAGCGUUGCAGUCAGCGAAGGAGUACCUCGUCCCGCAAUUAUCAAAGAAAUCGUUCUAACCCUUCGAUUUGUGCCUUUUGUCGAGGUUUCGUUUCGUUUUCCGUCUUGUUUAGAGUGGAUAACUGUUGUUCGACGAGGAGCCGAACGAUUUUAGUAUCAUUUUUCCCAACUGUGAUGGUCCACCUUUAAGUUUCUUUUCCACUUUCGUGAGGGGUUUCGGCUUUUCGGG